GCCCAAGAGAGAGAACCUUGUAACGAAGAAACAGUGUGAUGACACAAACCGGGAGCACUCAUGGCUCCCUCGCCUGAGAGGCUGUAUCACAUCUGCUGUCUUCUCUCCGAAGGGCCAGGCUUCUCAAUUAGCUGAUGCCAAUUAGUUGGGGUCAGGGAAGUGCCCUCUUCUUGGAGGGGGUGGCACGAUGUGACUUCAGUUCUGGGUGAACCUCCACCGCACUCAGUGUGCUGUGGAUGUGGAGAGCACACAUGAGAGGAUAGGAAGGAGGUCUGUGGGGGGGCGCCGAGGCGUUUGAAGGGCUGUUUUGUAGUGCUGCUGCUUUGGGGCAGGGCGAUGACUUUCACGUGACAGCUCUGGAGCUUGUGCACGAGACUGUCUUGCUGAGGGUGGCUGCCACCUGGCUGCUGUCAGCUCCGACUUUUCCAAGCUGCUGCUCUCAGUGAACUCCUGUGCUGGUGUCCUGGGGUCUCAGAUUUCUCAGCACCUCUGUACGCGCACAGCUGAGCGUGCAGCCAGUGCUUGACCCCAUUUUUCAGGGCUUAAUCAUAUCCCAACAGCCCUCACCGAGGCACCAUCACUGGAAAUGAAGGCAGUAUUUCUCAUCUUGAGGUUUGAAUUCUAGAGGAAAAACAGGGCUCCUGCUGCACGUGCACUGGGUGUGAGCUGUCUCCUUUGACCUCCUGAUUGUGCCGUAGGUUCAGUUCAUGCCUGCUUGUGAGGUUGGUGCCUGAAAAGUCCGCUUCCCCUGGCUAGCCCGUUCUGUGCUGGCUGUCAGAUUGCUGGGCAGCAGUGCUGGCCUGGUGCCUUGGUUUAAACCCCAGGGGGAUCAGUGCAAAUAAGAGUCUGGGUUUCUUGAAUGUCUGUUAGUCCCUGGGCCUAAGGCAAAGGAUAAUGCCUGCAGCUGGGCACUCCCAAGCAGUGAGAAGUCAGUUCCCUUACACCGCUGUGUGGAGUGAGGUUAUAGCACGUACAGAAACGUGUUUUACUGAUUUGUGUGGUGGGGAAGGAGCCCAGGUGUGAUACCUAACCAAACGUCCUGCUGGCUGAGCUCAUGCAUCUGAAACUUGAAAUGAAAAAUAUCCUUUAUGAUCCAGGAGGAGAGAUGACUGCACACAUCAUGAAGGUGCCGCCUGUUCUUGAUCAGGCUCCUCUGUAGCGUAGGAGGAGUUAAUAUCAGUUCUUGGGUGAACAGAAGCCUGAAACUCUUGGUAAGUCCACAGCAGGUGGCCAAUAUAUAAUGGAACUGGAAGGAUAUCCUCUUUUGGCAAGAAAUAAAUACAGCUUUGCUGAUGAAAGUUGUUUUUCUCGGUCAAGGUAAAGCUCAGACAAUGUUAAUGUUUGAAAACUGCCGGGCUAACACAGUGGAAGGAAAUCCUUGCAUGCCUCAUAGCGGAAGGUGGCCAUGAGGCUGCGAUGUAUACAUCCCUGCAGCUGACCCGAGGUACGGUUGUUUUGGUCAAAUACUCUGCAACCCUGGACUUGCUCCAGCUCGUGCAUAAGAAGGGUAAAAGUAGAUAAAGGUACCGGCUGUAUUUAGAUGCAGCGUUUCCUUUGACUAGCAGGAGAGGAAGGAUCCCUGCUGCAAGCACCCGCUCCAGCGCCGUCCCUGCUCCAGGAGCUGCGGAGUUCAUUCACUUCGCGCUUCCUACGCGCUCUCGGCUUCGCAGAGCAGGCGUGAAGCUGCCGGAUGUUUGCAGGCCAGGAAGAGUUGGGACCAAGCACAGAGCUGCAAGGUCAGUUGGGAGAACCCAAGGCUUUAUUAAACACCAGGAUGUUGGGGAAAAAGCUUUUUGCAAAGCUUAGUCUAGCUGCCGUGAUGUGUUAGCUGGAAAACAAAAACAAGCCAGGGUCAAAUUAAGAACUAGGAUUGAGGAGAAAUCGAAGGUCGAGGAAAUUCAAGGGUUUCGUUAGCUCGGUUAGGGAGGUUUGUGCAGUUCUGUAGUGGGUUACACUGCCGGUGUAAACAAAGCAGGUGGCAAAGAAAAGCUGGUCUUUGUGAAGGUCCAGAAGUGUGGUUGCUAGCUGUGGAUCUACGAAUAUCGUUUAACCAUACGUGAGUAUUUCUGACAGUAAUACCGAGUCAAGUGGCACGGUUUGUUUAGCCCUCUCGUUUACAGGACGAUGUACCAUACGAAUCAAUCAUUUCAUGAGCUCUUUCGGUAAAAUCCAACGAGGGCUCAGCCCCCAGACUGAGACUGGUGUAACUUGUGAAUUAAUGGCGCAAUGAAUUAGAAAAUGAACAAACUCACCAGCUCACGUGCUUAUGAGCGAGCCAGUUUCCCAGCUGAUGUUGGGAGCUCUCGUCCUUCUCCUGCAUUACGGUGCCUGCGCCUCCUGCACUGCAGCGGGAAGCCCGAGGCCCUGUGGGUGCUGAUGAGUCUCCUGAAAGGCUUUUGGGCAAGCUGCCGUACUUACAGCUCCCAGCGUGGAAGCUUGGCCCCUACCGUUCCUGUGGCUGUUCGAGAUCCCUCUGCAGACGUUAGGUCUUACCAGAAACUGCCCAGCAGUUGCUUCUGCACAGCUGCAAGGGCAGUCAGCCUCCUCUCCUGCUGCCCCUCGAGCCCAGCAUGUGCAAGGCUCUGGCUUUAGCCCCAUGGUGCUGCUCCAGCACAGGCCAGCAUGUGCUGUGUCGGGCCACAGCCUAACCUGUGUGAAUGGCCACCGUAAAGCAAUGCCUGCGUCAGGAAGUGCCCGUUGUACAGCAGCGGGGCUGCUUAGCCCAGCCUGGAGGUGUGACCCACGGCUCUCGGUGUCAGGCUGGUUGUAACAGCCCAUUGGACUUGCUGCAGCUGAGUUAAAACACAGGUGCAGUGUGCACGUGCUUGCGUGCAUGUCUUUACGCUUACUUUUAUGAAAUGUUCUUAGUUUUCAACUCAGCUGCGAGUCCAGCCUGAAUUUCUGACUCCUGAAGUUGACGGAUUUGACAGCGUGUACUCAGUGGAUGAUCUUUAUGAUGUGGUCUUUUUGCCUCUAAAAUAGCACUGCGUUACUCUGAGCUUACGUGUUGGGUGUAAAACGAAGAAUGAAGAUCUGUCCUGUGCUGUCACUUGAUGUUGGACACAUGAGGUCGCCGAUACCAGUCUCCCCUCCAGCCCUGUGAUUAGAGCAGUGAGUCUUCACAGGAGCAAAGCAAGCAGCACGCAGGCAUGUGUAGGCACUGUUGCCUCUCCCUGAGCCCUGGGACGGUCAGUUCACAGCCAACCUCACCUGCCCUGGGUGGUUCUCUGAAUCCUGCCCUACAAAGUAGUUUGGCAAGGUCUAGCAAGCUCUGUAUUCCCCUCAUUGGCCCUCAAGUCCUAGAUCACGGCUGCAAUCUUCUGGUUUUCGUAAAGACUCGUGUAAUUAAACUUUGUCGUGAAUAUUUUGGAAAAACAAACCCACCCCUGAUGAGCUAACGAAGCCCUGACUGCUAACAGCUCCGUCAGAGCGGCUGGCCGCGUUGUGAAAUCGGUUCCUGCAUUCCCCACGAGUUUUGUUCCAGCUGUCGCGUCGUUUAGAGAUGAAGCGAGUACGGGCAAGCUCUGCGUGGUGGCUGCGCAGCAAGGCUCCAGUGCGGCGUACAUGGUGACAGCUGGCUUGGUUUUUAACCUCUGAGCCUUUAAAGAAGCAUCCCAGUUCUGUUUCUGUCCCAGCUCUCUUCUAGAGGACAGAUGAGGGGAAUGUCCGUAAAUACAGCCCGUAGCGUGCUUCUCAUCUCUCCACGCAGAAAACAAGUUUGGAUUUCUCCUAGUGGACCUGUUGAAGGGGUGACAAAGCAGAACAGAAGCCUGUUAGGGCAAAUGCUGGCACUUCUGAGUACCGGCACAACUGUUGUUUAUGGGUGGAAUAAUUGACACUUGCUAUUGUCUGCCUGCUAAUUAAAAACUUCUGCUCCUAGGCUGGGUUACAUUUUCCUUUUAUUUCGGAACUAACCGAGUAAGAGGGAUCUGUAAAAACGCUGCUCCCUCUAAGAGGGGAGUAUCGUGCUGUCCCCCACAGCCCCUUGGCAGGGACAGUCCUGCUAAUGCAGUGCCUCUGCUCUCAAGUUUCCGUGCUGGGGACCAGCACGGGGAGGGGUUCCCAGACCAGUGGAAAAGGGUGGGCAGCUCAGGCUGGCUGCAAGUUCCAGCCUAACUGCGUCCCGAGAGGUAGGAGCCCCCUGACAGCCUUCGGGAGCUUUUCUUUGCUCAUAGCAGAGAGACCCACACGUGAGCAAAGGGGCAUUCAAUUCCGAAGCAAGCACCCUAUAUCCAGGAGUACGCAGGGACCCGUGUGGUAGCUGUUCUUCUCUGGACCUUGAAAGAAUUUGGAGCACCUAGUGCCAGACAUUGCCCUUGCAAAAUGAGCCAGCUUCCUCCGAAGAGUCCUUUGGCAUCCCCGUUGUCAGAGGGCAUCACUUCCAGGAUAGAUUCUUUGGACAACUUGUCAAUGGACAGUUUUUGGCUGGAAGUAGAGAACAUUAAACAGAGCACUGAAGCCGAGCAAGAGGAAUGCAGCCUUGCAGAUGUCAAAGCACAAGAGGAGGGAGAAGCUGAAGCUGAGUGGCUCCAGGACGCGGGCCUGUCAGACCUCAUCACGGACCAUGCCUCAGAAAACGACAACGUGGUGCUGCUCUCCACCCUGACGAAGACCCAGGCCGCUGCUGUGCAGCGAAGGUUAGAUACCUACUCCCGGUCUCGGAGGAGGAAGAACAAGCAUCCCGUGCGUGAUGUUCGAGACAUUUUUGGAGUGGUCGGCUCUGGGGAGACAGUAGCAGAGAAAGAGGAGUCCAGCCCAGACCAGUUGUGGCACAAUCUACGGACUUCAAAUGUUCAGAAACCAGAAACCCAGGAUUACUCCUGCACAGUUCGAAACUCUGGAAAAGAGGAGGUGUUCAACAUGGACAUUGCCUACUCAGAGCAAGCAGCUGUCCUGCUCAAAGGAUCAUUCCUGUCUGAAUCCAGGAGAAUAAAGGAUGGAAAUGCCCUAACUAAAUUUAAAAUCCACAAGGGCAGACUGGGAGUGACCAAGGUUGGAGAUCUAUCUGCUCAGGACAUGAAGAAGAUCCCCACGCUGGCCCUUAUUGAACUAACAGCUCUUUGUGAUGUUCUAGGCUUUGAGCUGAAGAGAAACAAGGCAGCAAAACUGAAAACAACAGAACUUAUAAAAUGUGCUAUCUUAGUCUGUAGUGCUGGAAGUAUCCCUGACACCUGUAUUAACAGUGGUACAGACUUAAAACAUGUUUCUGUUGUAGAGAAAAGACUCUUUGGAGUUCCACUCAACACUCUGCUGGAAAACGACCAAAAACUGCUUCCCAACACUAAGGUCCCUCUGUUACUCCAGGCACUGCUAUCUUGUUUGGAAAAGAGAGGACUUGAGACAGAGGGCAUUUUGAGAGUUUCUGGGUCCCAGACUAGAAUCAAGAGUCUGGAACAGAAGCUAGAAAGGGACUUCUAUACCGGCCUUUUCCGUUGGGAUGAAGUCCACCAGAAUGAUGUAUCUGGGCUACUGAAAAGAUUCAUAAGAGAGCUGCCUGCCCCGCUGCUGACAGCAGAGUAUCUUCCUGCUUUUGCUGCUGUACAAAAUAUUCCAGACCUGAAGCAAAGACUGCAAGCUCUGAACCUCCUGAUCCUGAUCCUGCCUGAGCCUAACAGAAACACACUAAAGGCUCUACUUGAAUUUCUCAGCAAAGUGGUUGCCAGGGAGAACAACAACAAAAUGAAUCUCUGGAACGUUUCCACAGUCAUGGCGCCAAACCUGUUCAUGCACAAAGGCUUGCCAAACAAGAUCCCUGAAGGGAAGGAGAAACAGCUAGCAGAGGGGGCAGCCGAUGUUGUGCGGAUGAUGAUCCACUACCAGGAUUUGCUCUGGACAGUCUCCUCUUUUCUGGUAGCUCAAGUGAGAAAACUCAACGAGAGCAAUAGUAAAAGGUACCAGUUCUGUGACAAACGGAUAAAAAAUUUGUUGCGGAAGAUUCAUGCUGAUAAAGACAAGGUGGAAAAGAACCAGGCAGAGCCUUCCAAGGUUGUGAAAGUCCAUGCUUCACUUCUCCUGAAGGAUUCACUAGAGGUGCAUUUGAACAAUGCAACCAGAGUUGCUGAUGUCUUGAGGCAGUUUCAGAAGAACUUGUGCCAGAAUGGCUGGAAUAUUGUUAACACAGUCAACCUCCUCAAGUGUAACAACUCAACGGAGUGCGCAAACUUGCUCCUGUAUGAAGUGGGAGGCAAUAUUGGUGAACAUUGUCUGGACCCAGACACUUACCUCUUAGACUUGUAUCAUAUCAAUCCACAUGCUGAGUGGAUAAUUAAGCAAAACCCAUCAUAUCCUCGGAUGUUCUAAGAGAGCAUGAACAAAACAAAGUUUGGUUGAAGCUUUUGGAAGGCAAGAGAAAGCCAUGGAGAUGUUCCCAGUAUAGUCACAGACUGGACAAUGCUUGUGUCUUUGAAGGAAAAAAGUUUUAUUUACUACUUCCAUGACAGCUGGCUGUGAGUACAAUAGCCCACAUGUAAACAGGGGAAUUGAUAAACAGCACCAAUUAUCCUUACGUAGCCGAAUUUGCAGGGAUAUGAUUAUUCUUAAAUGAAAUAAAAAGCCCCCCCAAAACACCCUGCAAAGCUACAGCAAUUAUACAACAAAGAUGGGGGAUGUAAGACGAGAAACAUCUCUUGAAGUUGGUAGAACACGUUUGUUUCUUCUGGAUUUGCUGUUCUUUGAUCACAUCCACAUUUUGGAGGAGAGAGAGUUACAUGCUACAGCGGUACUAAUCCUCUUGGUAAGAUCCACUAUUGACUGUUGCACGUUACCAGAAGAAGCUGUGAUCCUGGGUUUCAGUAAUAAGAUGCUGUUACUUUCUUUGAAGAAUGGAAAGGGAUGCUUCCAAAAAGGCCAGAUGGGAUGUGAAGCUGACAUCUUGUAUUUAAUAGCUACAAUUAAAAACAUACAUGCAACACAAGAAAAAAACAGAGGCAUUUAUUUUGCUGGAAAACCUACGUAUCAACAGUUAACCAAGGAAAUACUCUGAAGUGAAUUUGAGGUUAGUAAUCUGACCUGGAAGGCUCUGUGUGAACAUGACUGUUAAAACGAAACAAGAACCCUAAGAUGUGCAGUGGCUCAAAUAAGAGGUCUGUGCCUAUAUCUGUCUGGUCACUACAGUGGGUACUAAAUUGAGCCCUUUACCACUCCGACCACACAUUUUCAUCCUGCAGAGCAUGGUGGCUGUGGUAUGAAGAGUCAAGGGGAGAGUGGAGCACUUGCACCAUGCAUUAUUACAUAAUCAUCGUCUGACCUCAGUUCAAAUGAGACUUCGCUUGUGGAAGAGGAGUGCAGAAAUAUUGUUUUCUUUUGCAGUGAUGCUGAAAUACCUCACAUGAGGGAACCUACUAUGCAGUUACAGGUGGUGGAACAUGCACCUUCUGAAAAUCCUGACAUUUUUUAUACUGUUUUUAAACACUGUUGGAUAUUUAUUCAUGUGGCAGAAGCAGGGCUGCCCUGCAAGCAUAUACUCAAAGUAUUUCAUUUGCCAAGUCCUAGCUGCACUAGUGACAAGCUCUCCAGUAUUAUUUCUGAUGUUUAACUGAAUUCAUUUCUACUGCAGUCUGAACUUUCCUUCCCCUCCCUUGUUGUGCCCACCUUACCCCCCUUUGUUUGGCUAUUCCUAUUCAUUUUCUCAAAGUCCUUAUUUGUAUUGUACGAGCACUUCAUUCUGUAGUAUGUCUGCGUGGUUAAAUUCUCUUGGUGAAAUAAGAUCCUUGAGAAGCAGGUGAGCCAUAGUCUGUAUUCUUUCUAACCUGCUGUGAAUAUGGUAUGAGUGAUGCUGAAGUCGUGAAAUUAUGCAUAUAUUAGUCUACUUUUUUUGGUUGAGAUGUUGCAGAUGCACUGAUUCAAGGGGUUAUCUUCAUAGCUAUCUUUUUAAGAACCUAUAAUGGUGUGUGGGGGGGAAAAAUCAACCCAGAACCCCAGCAUCAAGACCUCUGGAGAUAACUUUUUUAUAGGGCUUUAAAUUGUGCCUACCAGGGCCUAAUUGUUGCCCUUUAGGAUGGGUGCUCUGUGUCUCUUAAAAGAUCAAGCUGCUUUAAAAUUGGGCAUUAAAAAUCAAAGGUACCUAUUCACUCAUCACUUCUGGAAAUCUUUAUUGCAGUGAUGAAGCUUAGCAAAGGGCAAACACCAGAGAUCUCAUUCUCUGAGAAAUACCUAACUCACCAAGGUGUUUGUAGGAAAGACUGAAGAAUCUGUUCCAGUUCAAAGGUGCUUUGUAAGCUAAAUUGCAUCUCUACGAAUCAAAAAACAUUGCGUUUUUCUCCACCAGUUGUGCGUUAGAUUAUUUUUAAUGUAUUGGGCGAAGAAUGCUACAUCACAGUUUCUACGAAUGAGAAUUUUUUGUCUUUUUUUGAACACCAAACAAUGUGAAUAAGUGCUGUGAAAAACAGGCUUGGAGGAUCUCACAUGACAAAUACCAGUUCUCAAAUAUGAAAGGUAAUGUUGAAAAAAAAAAAAAAAACUCUUUCCAGAUGAUGGCUGUACUUUUUAAUUUUUUUUCCCAAACUUUGUACCAAAGAACAAGUAUGAAUUUUGAACAGUCACUGAUGUGCAACCUGCUUCUGGAUGUUGGCUUUUAAUAACUUUUUUUUUUUUUUUUUACAAAUUUUUAAUUCUGUAUUUAAAAUUCAUUUAAUCAAUGAGACAAUAAAAAUACAGUCACACUUCUUGGCUCUAG